GAAUGAGACAUUUACCAUGAUUCAGGUUUACUCAGAUUUAUCAUGCUCAUAACUCGCCGUCUUCGUCCAGUAAUUGUAAAGUAAAGUGCAAAUUUAAACAUCUUUUCAUGGACCAUUUUAUGUGAAAAAUGAAAUUCAAUCUUUAAUGUUUGCUUUAGUUUAAACUUCAUCAUGUAUUUUCAUCCAUUAGUGGCGGUUCUGGCACUUCUCAGUUUCAAGGUUGAUGGACUAUCAGUUGACAAUCGUGAAUCAAACAGCUUUAAUGCCUCUUCGGUUGGACCAUUGGAAGAUUCAACGACAGUUAUUGCAACUUCACCAAAAUCUUGGAAAAUCUUGAAAAUCCAACCCAAAGUUGACAUUGAAACUUCUACUGAACUUGAAAAGGGCGAAAGUCAAGUAGACUCAGUAGACAAGAGCAAGUACAACAAGUCAACCUUGGCUAACCAAGGAUCAUCCAAAGAUAAACUAUCUUCAUGGAACUCACGAUGGUCCAAAUUGCCGAUUCGUCCACCUAAACUUCGAUUUGGAGAUAAACCGAUUCCAACGAAAAGUCGACGAAUCGCUUAUGGUUCAGUUGUGCGAACACGAAGUCUCGACAAAUCAGAGGCAAGACUAGUUCCAAUGGAAUACAAAAACUCUUCAAAGAGUUCGACUCAAGAUAUUUUGCAGUUGUCUUCAUCGGAAAAGUUUUCCUCUUCACUUCGACUGACACGAUUCAAUGUCGACUCUAGCGAUUCAAAAAGCUCUAAACUUUCCAUUCCCAACCUGUUGACACCCAAGUUUCCUCGACCCGCUAUGUACAGUCUCAAUGGGUACAUUCCAAAGCCCAAUAUUCAAAGACUAUCGACCACUUUAAGUCCAAGUGUCACAAAGCCACCGUCAGGAAGGUCAAUGGGUCGAUCGCAUUCGAUUUACUCUCGAAACGAGUUUCUCAAUGAUAAACACGGCGGUAAAGACAAUGAAAAAUUCAACGUCAAAAAGUAUGGAUCUAAACACGAACAAUUUCUCGACGAUUCAACCGAUUUGACCAUUUCUGGAACAGUUAACCAUCAACUAUCGAAACGUCGAGGUUACCUGACAACCUUAAAGUCAGUCGGUUCAAAGCAACAAUCUACCAAUGAAUCACCUCAACAGCAAAAGUAUCGUUUGACCAAACGAAAAGGUGAACCAGGAAAAGACUUUCCUCUCAUUAAAAGUAUACCCAGAACUUCAUUUGAAUGUAAAGACCAGACUAGCCAAAGUGCCUAUUAUGCUGAUGUCGAGACGGACUGUCAGGUUUGGCACAUGUGCCAAGGUCACAGAAAACAUUCAUUCCUUUGUCCUCGUGGAACCAUCUUUAGUCAAAAGUCGGGUGUCUGUGACUGGUGGUACAAUGUCGACUGUCAGGGUGUUGCCGAUUAUUCCGUUGUAACCGAUAAAAAGCACGAUUCUGUGACCAAAGGGAAUGAGAUGGACAAGAUUAGGACGAAAUUGUCCAAGAAUGGAAAAAACAUUUUCGAGUCGAUAUUGUCGGGGAAAAGGCGAUUUUAUUGAGCUAGUGAAGUGCCCAAUUUAUCAUUCUAUGUGCAAUAAAUGAUGCAUUUGCCGAUACCAAAUGAAUCUUGAAAUUUGAAUGAAAACCAAAAAAAGAAAAGCAAAAUUGUUUGUUUUACUGUCAAUAGAGGGAGACAUUUGCACAAUAAUUUUCAAAUGUUUCAAGUUAAUGAUUUCAAUUGUAAUUGUUAGCAGUUGAUUGUAACGAUAACCACCAAGAAAUAGUUUAAACUGUCAUAAAAUUAUCUAUCUCAUAUUUUUGAUAAAUCUUGUUAAAUUUAAAA